CAAAAAUGGGCAAAGCUGAGAUGACGAAAAUCGCAUUGCCGGCAGAGCAGAAUAGUUGCCGAUGAUUUCAGCGGCGCACGUUAGAGACAUCCCUCCCUCCCAGGAAUUUCAAAAUUUUCUUCAAUCGGCAAAAAACGCGAGUACUCCCUUUUUAAUCCAACCCGACCCCACCAAAAAAGAACCCCCAAAUUUAAAAUUCAACUCUUACAUGUGAUCCAACAACCAGGCCCUAAUGCUAAAUUGACUAAUCUAUAAGGGCUUCUCGUUUGAAAAUUUGCUUAAUUAUUAUACAUUCAAAUCGGAAAUCCGAAAGACAGACGAGACGGAGAGUUGAAGCAAAAUUGAGUGAGGAAAUAGCCAAAGAAAGAGUGGAAUGACGAUGGACCGAGAGAAGGAGAGAGAGGUUGAGUUGGAAAGUGCAAUGUACACCAACUGUUUGUUACUAGGGUUGGAUCCAUCCAUCAUCGGAAUCGGAGCCGGAAACGGCACACCUCGCGUCGGACUUUUUCGUCAUUCGAACCCUAAAUUGGGCGAACAGCUUCUCUACUUUAUAUUAUCUUCUCUCAGAGGUCCUACUCAAUCCGCUAAGGAUUUCGAUAAGGUCUGGCCAAUUUUUGAUUCCGCACAAUCUCGCGAUUUUCGUAAGGUUGUACAAGGGAUUAUAAGUGAGCUGGAAUCUCAAGGGGCACUGCCUAGAAGUAAUUCGAGGGUCUCAUCUCUUGCCACAUGCUGUGGACCAAGAUUUGUUGAACUUCUAUGGCAACUUUCAUUGCAUGCUUUGAGGGAGGUUCAUAGGCGAAUGUUUGCUGCUGAUGUUGUUUCUAACCCCUUGCCUGCAUCAUUAACAGAUGUAGCUUUCUCACAUGCAGCCACACUACUUCCUGUAACCAAGGCUAGGAUUGCUCUUGAAAGAAGGAGGUUUUUGAGUAAUGCAGAAACAGCAGUUCGUAGACAGGCCAUGUGGUCUAAUUUGGCUCAUGAAUUGACAGCUGAAUUUCGAGGCCUUUGUGCUGAAGAGGCUUAUUUGCAGCAAGAACUGGAAAAGCUGCAGGAUGUGAGAAAUAAAGUAAAGCUGGAAGGUGAACUGUGGGAUGAACUUGUAUCAAGCUCAAGUCAGAACUCACACAUGGUUCAAAGAGCUACUCGUUUGUGGGACUCUUUGCUGUCUCGCAAGAAUCAACAUGAAAUUCUCGCCUCUGGCCCGAUAGAAGAUCUUAUUGCUCAUCGUGAGCAUAGGUAUCGCAUCUCUGGUUCAGCUUUGCUCACUGCUAUGGAUCAAAGCCCUGUAGCUCCACCACCCCAUUUGGCGUCUUCACAUCAAGCUGUAAGAUCACAAGCAGACGUGGAUAGAGAAAAGCAUGCAAGGAGUUCAGAUUCUUCUCAUAUUCAAGUAGACGAUAACACAUUUUCUCGAGUUGAUGAGAGAGUUGCUAGAGGCCAUCCUACUGUUGAUAUAGCAGAAGUUUUGAGGCGUUGGACACAUGCCCUACAACGUGUUCAUAAGCAAUCCCUUCAACUGGCAAAAGCAAAUGAUGGAGAGGGUCCAGAGCUUUUGAGGAGUUCACAUGAUGGUGGUACUGGUGGUCAUGCAGAGUCCUUGGCUGCAACCCUUGCCGAACAUAAGCAGCACCUAGCAAGUAUACAGGUGCUCAUAAAUCAACUGAAGGAAGUCGCUCCAUCCAUACAGAAUUCAAUUUUAGAACUUACAGAAGAAGUUAGUAGUAUUUCGUCCAAUUCUUCUAGAACAGCCAAUUUUCAGGGCAGAUCACAUUCCCAAGCACAGAGCAGUGGGAGAACAUUGGAACACAGGGAUGAUGAGGUAGCUGAGAUGAGCUCAAGAUUGUCAUCCAUGCAAUUUGAAAAGACAUCAGCUAGUCCCACUACUUUGAAGCUCCCACCUUUGUUUAGUGUGACGCCGAAUUCUUUAGGAAAAGGUGGUGCACAGAAGCAACAGAUCUCUUCCCAAACCAGCCAAAUUGAAAUUAUGCCUGAGAGGAAGUCUCUGGAUCAGCAAUUUCUAAAUAAUUCCUUCGAUAAUUCGCCACAAGAUAAUGACACAAGCUUUGUUCAAAAUCUGAAGAGAUCUGUCAGAGAAGCUGCACUUCGCUCCGAAUCUUACUAUCAGGGAUCAUCUCAAGAUAGUCGUUCUGAUGAUAGUUCUGAGCACUACUUUGAGCCUGUCUCAGGGUUAGGGUUUUCUCAGCAUGGAGAUAGGGCAAACUUGCUGAGAAGAAAAAAAUUGUUUGUGUCAGAACCAGAUUCUUCAUUUUUAGGGACUGGUGCACCGGAUAGUCAUAUGAACAUCAAGUCUGAUGGAAUACCUGACUUAUUACAUGAUCUGCAGUCUGUGGAUGACUAUGAUGGUUUUCUUUCAACUAUGGGUUCAAACUCUUCAUUUUCGGAUGCACAUAGGUCAUUUUAUGAUUUGGAGGAAGCUAAGGAUCAAGUAUUUUCUCCUCCUCUGCUUAUGGAUGCAUCAUUGUUGGCAGAUUCAUAUGAGGAUUUACUUGCACCAUUGUCAGAAACUGAAACUGCUUUGAUGGAGCAUUGAGAUAAAACAUUGGGUUAUGUUGCUGCUCGGCUUUGAAGAGAUUGCAUGGAAGCUUGUACUGCCAGCCUUUCUGUUGUUGGAAUACCCUCCUCAUAUUAACUUCCGUUUGAUUGUGUGAUUUCUUGUAUUUUUCAUGCUUCCAAGUGUCUCAGCCUUUAUCUUUUGCAUUUCAUUUGACUGGGAAGAGCAGAGAGAGCUGAUCGCACAUUGCUCGGUAAGUGUGACCAUGGCCGAGCCAAGAUUUUGAUGUGCUUACCCUGGUCCUGUCAAUGUGAGCUUGUUCUUCUGCAGGAGACCGGCAGGACUGCUUCAGACAGUUGUGCGCUGUAUACUGCUGGGUAAAGAAAUUUUAUCUUGCUCCCCAUUGAUUUUUUUUUGUUUACUCUGUAACAAUUCAAUCUAAGGGGAGCCUCAGAGUAACGGUAUAGUUGGUUCCAUGCUGGUUCGAGCCCAUUGAUGGUUGCAUCAGGAUAGGUCGCACACAUUAUAUUCCCUUGGAUCCCCAAGUCCCGUGUGAUCACCGAAUGUGUUAUAUACUGUGCUGUCCUUUCUUCUGUAACAAUUCAAUGGAUACGGUCGAAGAAGUAAUUUAUCUGUUCGUUUGUUCUAUAAUAUGGUAUAUAUCUAUUCAAUUCCCGUUGUGCUUAUUUUACCUUACGAAAAGAAUAUCUCAUAAUUUUAUGUUUAUAUAAAGUUAAAUAUGUUUUUCCAUAAA